UGUCAAUCGCAGUGCGCGUCGGAUCUCGCGAAAAUGGUGCUAAAAACAUGCGGAACCAACAUUGUACGUAGUGUUGGCCAACUUUGGAUGCGCUAUUCCAAGCCAAGGGCUGCUUAUAAAUUGUGCACAGUGCGUUCGUUUGCCGGCGUUGUUCAAAACACAAAUCACACCGGCAACCAAUCGAUCGAUCGACGUGCGUCGCCGUUCGCCGGUGUCCUUAGCCAGCCGAGUUCGUCGCAGGCCAACGGCGACUGCGGAGGCAACAAGUUUGCUCCGGCCUGCAUCGAUCCGAAGCUGGUGGCCACGCUCGCCGAGGUCGAGGAUCUUCCGAAUCACCCGGAGAAGCUGCUCAUCGACGUACGCGAGCCGUCCGAGCUCGAGGCGACGGGACGGAUUCCCUCCAGCAUCAACAUAGCACUGAGAACGGUGCCCGACGAGCUCAGCCUUCGGCCGGAAGCCUUCGAAGCCAAGUACGGGCGCCAGAAGCCAGCACUGGAUGAUGAGAUUAUUUUUAGCUGCCGUUCCGGGGUACGCUCAGGACAAGCGGCUUUCGAGGCCGAUCGGCUCGGUUUUCAAAAUGUGAAAAACUAUGUCGGCUCGUGGUUGGAGUACGGACCGAAGCAUGGUUUACCGGAAUGAACGACGCCUCGUGACGGAGCGGCGGAGAUUGAGAAGCUGUACUAUCGAAAGAGUUAAAUAAAGUAGCUACGAAAACUG